CUUGUCCAGCCGAACGACGUCAGAUAACACGGAGGACUGAGUCCGGUUCAUUCUGUGAAUUCGGCUCCAGCAACGGGGAUGAAAGGGCGCCCUCCUUCGCGGGGCCGAACACCGUCAAAUCAGCACCGUGCGUCACUGCUUCCCUCAAAUUGAAUCUCCGGAGAAGCUGCAUGAAUGCAUGUGUGUCGUUCUCGUUGUACACGCUGGGCUUGGCCAGCAGCACUCACCCGGUGCCUGCUGCCUCCAUCUCGCACGACAACGCGUCGGUCGUGUUUUGCAACGGGCGCUCGAUCGCGCCCUCCGAUUGGCCGAUCGCGCGCGGCGGCUGCGUCACUCGCCCCUCCUUGGACGCUGAUUGGCUGGAGGGUCGAAAAAAGUUGCCUUCUUUCGAUCGUCCGUCUCUCUUUCUUUAUGCACGACCAUACGUCCGCCUCCCCGCGGGGACACUCGGGUGGGCAAAACGACUCCCUGUCCUCAGUAUACACGGCGCACAGGGCACGCACCUCUACCGACUCGACACGCAGUCCAUGUCGACGCAAUACCGUGACGCGCCCCAUGGCCUGGCCACGUUCGCGCGAUCUGCCAGUUGACAACGCGGCAGACGACUUCUCGUCAGCAACACGUCUUUCAAGUCUCGUGUACCGACUCACCUCGUCACUUCUAGCGCGUACCGCGCUACUCAUAUCCCAUCUCUCCGCCCACGAACCUCCCGCCGUCCCGGUCGUCUCCGUCCGUCAUGCACACGCACACAGCAGCCGCCCACUUGAUAACGCGGCAGACGAGUCUUCGUCAGCCACGCGUUGCUGCCAGCACGUCAAUUCAGCAGCUGAUGAGGAACACAACUACAGUUCAACUACCUCCUCUCCAGUGCCCUGCUCGUCGUCAGCUACCCGGCUACCUCGAGCCUCGCCGUCCUACUCAUCGAAACGCGCCCCCAGCGGUGGGAUCAUCCACAGCGCCCGGUUCGUCAUCAAACCCCCGAGCUACCACCCGUCUUCCCUCCCGCUCGCCGGAGUGCGACGCGUCGUCUCUCCGCAGUGACAGCCCACCACGCUACUCCGCUCCCACGACCCCGCUCACCGGAAUUCGAUAUCUCGUGUCUUCGUCGAACCG